GUACAUCAAUCAACCAUCUUGUAGCAGCUACACGGUGAAGAGAUGGCAGGGCAGGGUGUUGCCUGCGCGCUAGCCGUCGCAUUGUUCAUCGGGUCCCUCGUGUCCAUCCCUACAGCAGUGCGAUCCAUCGGCGUGUGCAACGGCAUAUUGGGGAACAACCUGCCGUCGCCGGCCGACGUGGUGAAGCUCUACCAGUCCAACGGCAUCGCCGCGAUGCGUAUCUACUCCCCGCACGCCGCCACCCUGCGUGCGCUCGCCGGCACCGACAUCGCCGUCAUCGUCGACGAGCCGGCCAUCGACCAAUUCCUCACUCUAUCCGCCGCAUCAGACUGGGUUCAGAGCAACAUCAAGCCGUACCAGGGCGUCAACAUCAGGUACAUCGCCGUCGGGAACGAGGUGUCCGGCGACGCCACGCGGAGCAUCCUCCCGGCCAUGGAGAACCUCACCAAGGCGCUGUCCGCGGCCGGCUUCGGCAAGAUCAAGGUGUCCACGGCCGUCAAGAUGGACGUGCUCGGCACCUCGUCGCCGCCCUCCGGCGGCGAGUUCAGCGACGCCGCCGUCAUGGCCCCCAUCGCGAAGUUCUUGGCGAGCAACGGCUCGCCGCUGCUGGCCAACGUCUACCCCUACUUCGCCUACAAGGGCGGCGACGUCGACCUCAACUUCGCCCUCUUCCAGCCGACCACGGCGACGGUGGCCGACGACGGACGGACAUACAGCAACAUGUUCGCCGCGAUGGUGGACGCCAUGUACUCGGCGUUGGAGAAGGCCGGGGCGCCGGGGGUGGCCGUCGUCGUGUCCGAGAGCGGGUGGCCGUCGGCCGGCGGCUCCGGCGCGAGCGCGGACAACGCGCGGAGGUACAACCAGGGACUGAUCGACCACGUUGGCAUGGGCACGCCCAAGAGGGCAGGCGCCAUGGAGGCGUACAUAUUCGCCAUGUUCAACGAGAACCAGAAGGACGGGGACGAGACGGAGAGGCACUAUGGGUUGUUCAACCCCGACAAGUCGCCGGCGUACCCUAUCAAGUUCAGAAUUAGUUGAAAGGUGUUCUCGUGAAGGAAAAUCUUGAAAAAGAGCUUUUUAAUUUCAAAUACACAUAGCUGUUGCCAGUUAAGUAUAGUAUGAGUAUCCGGCAUCAUGUGUGAUAAGCUGGUAGCAGUAACCCAGCAAAUUAUCCGCUACUGUUGUUCUUCAGGUUUUAAUAAAGCAGU